AUGUUGGCCUUUCUGGAUCCCUUCAAGGUGUCUGGGCAGGAGGAUACCGGGUCUGAUGCGGCCUUGGAGCUGCUUCAACACUCUGUGAAGGUUUCUGCAUCGAGCAGAGAAGGCGCAAGAGACGGAGAUUCGGUGGAUCCCCCGGCACCUUGCAAUCCCACCGGGCCCAUCCAGGUCUUCUCCGAUGUGGAUGACACCUUCACCAGCAGCGGGGGGUCUUGGCCAGCAGGCUGUGAUGGCGUCUAUGAGAAAAGCGUGAUCUAUGCAGGUUACGCCCAGUUUGUUCUCGAAGUUUCCAGAGGCGCCAACGAGUCGCUUCGAGUGCUGCGGCCUGCCUUGUUCUCCGCACGCCCGGAGAGCUUCGACUUUUUGAAGGUGGAUGACGGGUCCCCGAUGGCCGCAGCACUGGCCGCGCCGUCGCAGGGAAAGGAGGGGACCGACCCAGUGAGCUGGGAUUACUUGAACGCCGAGAUCCCGUUAGACGUGCCGGAGCUGCUCGUGUCUUACGACUACCAGCAGGGAGGCAUUGAAAAGCUGCUGAAUCACGGCGCUGGCCAGCCGUUCGGGCUCAACGUCGACGGGAGCAAGUAUGGGCAUCUUAGUGACUUCACCAACACCCACUCAAUGGGCGAAACAAAGUUCGAAAACUUCCAGGAGUUUUACCUGGAGGAAGCCUCUGCCCAGUCAGAUGAGGCUUGCGUGGUCUUCAUCGGAGACGAUGGCCAGGGGGACUGCAACCCAGCAGCGCAGGAGAUGCGCCGCUAUGCGAAGCACGGCCGCCAUGAGCUUGGCUUGAAGGCCGCCUUCAUCCAUCGGCUGACUUGCGACUCAAAGCCCUUGAACUGCGCGUCUGCCACGGCAUCUCCAGGUUCGGCGCCCGUCAUCAUGUUCGACGACUACCUCGAUGCUGCAAGGAAAGCCGAGCAGCACGGCCUCAUCUCCACUGCUGGUGCACAGCGUGUGCGCGCAGCGGUUGCUCUCUUCUUCGCGGUGUACUGCAAUCAGGACGGCACCAGCCGAUUGACGGAGACGCUUGGUGAUCUCGGCUGCCGGAAACUGCAUGACUCCCUCUCCCAGGACACAGGACCGGCACCCUCGCAAGAGGCCCUGAAUGCGCUGCGGCCGAUGCAGAGGCUUCAAACCUGGUGCAAGUCCUGCUGCAAUGGGUCGAUCUCAAACCACCGGACGACGUACAACUUCCAAAAGAAGAAGAUGCGCUGCCAUCACAUGUAUCAAGAGGACUCCUGGUGGCAUCUCUGGAGCAAAGGAGCUUCUGAUUCGGACUGUCGCAGCCACUGUUCGUCGAUCUGA